GCGGGCUUGGUUGCUGAGCUACAAGCUGCAGGCAAGCGUGUUAUCUUUGUCGGCGACGGGGUCAACGAUGCACCGGCGCUGACUUCCGCAGAGGUCGGUGUGGCAAUCGGUGCCGGAGCUCGGCUUACAGUGGACUCUGCGGAUGUUGUGCUGGUGAAGUCAGAGCUUCAGGAGUUGCUGACCAUGAAGCAACUGGCACUGGCGACGGUCUUCUGCAUAAAGCGCAAUUUCCUUUGGGCCUUCGUGUUCAACGCAUGCAUGAUCCCGCUGGCAGCCGGGGUUUUGCACCACCAAGGGAUCCACCUGCCUCCGGCAGCUGCAGCUGCGGCGAUGGCGCUGUCGUCUGUCACGGCCGGGUCGUGGCAGAUCAUACCUGAAAUUCGCGACCCCUACAAUUUCCUGGCCGGAGUCAUGUAA